AUGCAGCGGCUGGCCUCAUGGGCUCUGCUGUCGCUGCCUGUGCUGUCGUCACAGGCUGCGACAGCCACGGAUGCGGACAUUGAGGAUAUGCCUGGUGGGGUCUGCAUGCUCCAGACGCGCUUCUUGCUCGCUGGCGCUCGGGGACGUGAUUCAGACAAGCACAGGGAGGUGCCGUUCCCGUACCCGGACGUGGACCGGGAGCAGGGCAUUUGUCGGAAGCUGAAGGCGAUGGAUCUUCUCCGGCCAAUUCGGAGCGUCAUAUCCGAGCAGCCCGAGGAUGACGGCUGGUGCGUGAUGGGUGGACUAGGCGACUGGACGGCGAACUGUGCUGUCGCGCACCGCUUGCAGAACAUGACCAUUUUUGCGACAACCUUUAGUGCGGGCUAUGCGAUGUAUCUGAACGCGAACCCACUCGUCGACGAUGGUCCCAAGACAUUUCGCUUACCAGGCGGCCAGAUGGUGACCAUCCGUGACCACUUUUAUCCCUUGGAUGACGUGUACUGCUUCGUGAACGGCUGGUACAACUUGAACCGGGACCAGGCCUUGCACAACCACUCCUACCUGCUGGAGGUCUCCAGACAGAGCUGUGCGCCAUUGGAUGCCGAGUUCUACAACAUCAGCAUGAAGGCCCUGCCACAUGAGUGCCUCCACCCCGCAGGGUCUGUGGGCCAGCAUGUCGGCAGCGAUGGCUCUAACUGA